AAACACGUGCCGUCGGCUGCUAUGCUGCAAUAGCUAACCUCACCCGCGUCGCGUCGUGUACAUUCUCCUUCAAUUAUCGUUAUUAAAUCGCGUUGAAAAUAGUGCGCACGUGUAAUUAGCUUCGACGCGUUCCAACAUUCGACUUUCUCAAAAUAAUGGCGAGAAUAAAAGUGUGUGUUUGUGAUAAAAUAAUGAAUAUUUUGAAACUAGGUGUCUAAUUGCAUUUGUCGCACAACUAAAGUUAGAUAUUCUUGUUUAGACGCGUUUUCUCAAUUUUUUUCCUCUCAUAAAGAUUAGAGGGGCCAAUUUGUUCAUAUUUUAAAACUUAUAUCUUCACAACAUCAAACAAUGAGUGUGACUUUACCAAUUUGUUGUCAGUCGCACUCUUUCAUUUCUAAUAACCUCUGAUACCAAUUUUGAUUUUCUUUUAUAAAAUGGAGCGAAUACUUCUGGUCCUGAACAGUCAACCCUCACUCUUGCUGUGAAAAUCGAAUUUCAGCACCAGAGUGUCUGCGUAAUAAGGACGCUGGUAAAUGCCAAUGAUUUUUAAUCUUCGUCGACCAGAUUGAGGCUGAAAGAACAUGAACAAAGCAACGAUUGAUUUCAAGUUUGGGAAAACCGAAGUUCGCAAGAUGGCCGCCCUCUUAACUACCCACGCGCACUCAACCACUACAAAAGCUCUGACGUCACGGCACGACGCCAAGCUCCCAAGCGACGUUUUCGACUCUGCUGCGCGCAGUUUGAAAUUCGACACCUGCCUUUGUUACGACGUCGCGGACACUGCAUUCACGUUAAUAUUAGUAUAUUGUGGUCCAAAAGAAAAGAGAAUCAAAUUUGCUUUGAGAUAGGCAAUAUCUCGGUGGGACCUCCAAUUUUUGUUAGGUGGAAACUUGAAGAGUAUCCCCUUUUUAUGCGAGUUUGCCUAUCUGACACGCUCUACAGGUGUCCAGGGAGGAAUCUGGUCUGGAUCCGUAUCCCUGCCUGCAAAUGUCCUUUCUUUGCUUUUGAGUUGACGCUGGUGCUGAGCGUGUGACAGUUGGACGUUUACACUUUAGUGAAACCACGAGUAAUAAUAUGAGGAAAAAGGGUAAACCUAAUCCAGAUCAAAGGUAUUUUUAUUUGAUUGUUGGGCUUCAUGCUCAUACAUCUGAUCAAGUCAACUAUCAAGUCGUCGCAUAUGCUUCUGAAAGGAUAAUCGUUAGGGCCAGUAAUCCGGGGCAGUUCGAAUCAGAAGGUAGUUCAGGUGGCUUUGAACAUACUUGGCAAAGAGGAGCAACACCAGAUAGCGUCUGUCAUGUAGGUCGUGUUGGUAUAAAUAAUGAUCGGCCUGAUGAAGCUCUUGUUGUACAAGGCAAUGUAAAGGUGACCGGCCAUAUAGUCCAGCCAAGCGAUGCAAGAGCCAAGCAAAACGUACACGAGCUUGAUACACGAGAACAGUUAAAAAAUGUGCAGCAGUUGCGUGUAGUACGUUAUCGAUACGCUCCCGAAUUCUCUCAGCACUUAGGACUCGGUAUCGGAACACACGAAGAUACAGGUGUGAUUGCGCAGGAAGUCAAGCAGAUUUUGCCUGAGGCUGUGCUUCCAGCUGGUGACAUUGUCCUGCCUAACGGACAGAGAAUAGACAAUUUUUUAGUCGUUAACAAGGAAAGAAUUUUUAUGGAAAAUAUCGGCGCUGUGAAAGAACUAUGCAAAGUGACUGACAGUCUAGAGACCAGAAUAGAUCAAUUAGAAAAAAUUAAUGAACGUUUAGUUAAGUUGAAGAGGGGCGACAGUCUUAAAAGCUCCGUUAGUUCAGUAUCUAAUUUAUCAAGCAGUAAAUACUCAUCUAUUAAUGCAAAAACUUACAUGAAAAGUAGAUCAAAGACAUUUGAGAAAAAUGAGGAGCUUCUAAGCAGUAAUAAAUUAAUACAAAUCAUCAUUGUGAUAUUGAUUCUCAUCAUGGCAUUCUGCCUGGUAGCAAUGGCGACCCUCCACUUUCUCGAAUAUCAAAAACGAAACAGUAUGGAAUGGACUUAUAUGGCCGACAGCAGCAGCAUUUUUGAAGUCGGCUCAUUGCAUCUUAAUAAUUUACAAUCUUCUUUAAGACUCAAGGCAGAGUCGCAUUCCAUGACACGAAGUACAUCUGUACCCUACUUAAGAUACUGUACGCACCUCAGCACGUUGUUUGAACAUAAAUCCGUUAAGAACUAUUCACCAUAUACGCAACCAUCCACAAUCAAGCAACAUCUCCACUUGCAGAAGAUCGCAUGGUAUCCUAUUAAUCAUCCUGGUUCACCACCUAAAAUUGAUAAAAAAAUAUUUGUAAUGACAAGAGAGCUGGCGAAUAUACUGAAUUUUUGCUACAUUUCUACCGUGAAUGUAAAGAAUAAACAGAUUGGUAGAGUAACCAGCUGUACGUGAAGAUCCAUUUAAUUCAAACCUUGGAAACCUCGCUUAAUGCACAAUUUUUAAUAAUCUCUGUAUAGUAACGAAUUUCUAUAUUGAAUAUUAUUGAGUGUGAAGAAGGGCCAUCCAUAGCCGUGCUUAUGAAAAAAAAAACGAAGUUAGGAUGUAAGAUUUACCUCAAGUUAAGAAAUUUUUAUUCGGUUGUAUUUGUUAAUAAAUGUGUAUAGAUACGCAUAACAUUUAAA